AUGAUUCUUGAGAACGUCAAUUUAGAUUUCAAACACUGGGAAAGUGUGAAAGACACUGCAACCACAACCACUUCAAGAGUGGAGGUUAUCAAACAAGCAAACGCCCUCAAGAUUCAAAAAUUACGGAAAAGCGCAACCACAACCACUUUAAGAGCGGAGUUAUCAAGCCCUCAAGAUACAAAAGUUACGGUGUCCCUCGACAAAAGGGAUAUAGUCGUUAAGACGCUGUAUUAA